GUAGAUCAUUUAUAUAUACGGUUGAAUAUAUAAAGAUGUCGACGUCCCUCGAGAUUGAGCAUUCUUGGCCUUGCCUCUGUGUCGUUUCAUUCUCAGGAGAUAUAGGGGUUCUGUACUCUGACUUAAGAUGGUGAACAUUCGCACGAUUGCCGCCUCUCUGGCGUUUUCCUCUUUCCUCGGAGCCACUAUCGCCCACCCUGGCGACAGCCAUGAGGUAGUCAAAUACGAGAAAGCCUUGCGCAAACAUUCCCAGACUACCGCCCGUCGUGCCAUUACCGGCUGCAAUGGAGCUUCUGAGACUGCUGCUCUCAGGACACGUGCCGCUGCUCGCCGUGCCGCCGCUGUUAAGAACCUUCGUGAGAAGCGUGGUCUACCUGGGAAGGGUCUUAAGAAGCGAGGUCAGGCCGAACUUGAGAAGUACCUAAACGUUUCCCACGAUGUAUCGGAGUCCGGCUACAGUCUGGAUACCCCCUUGGACGUGAUAUUCGACUCGAACUCGACUGCGUCACUUGUUCCCGAGGUUACUAUUGGUCCCUACUGGGUUGCGGGAGAGUUGAUCCGGGUCGAUGUCACUGAGAAACAGGCCGGUGUACCCGUUCACCUUGACCUACAAUUCAUAGAUACAAACACAUGUGGGGCCAUCCCUAACAUGCUUAUCGACAUUUGGCACUGCAAUGCCACUGGUGUCUACUCCGGAAUUGCCUCCGGCGGUGGCCUUAACAGCACCCACGGCCGUGGUAUCCAGAUCACCGACGAUGAUGGAUUCGUCCAGUUUGACACGGUCUUCCCGGGUCACUACUUCGGCCGAACGCCUCACAUCCACGUCAUGAGCACCGAGAACGCCACCGUCCUACCUAACAAGACCUACCUCACCAACGGCAAGACCAACCACAUCGGUCAGCUCUUCUUUGACCAGAGUCUCAUCACCGAAGUUGAGAAGCUCGAGCCCUACAGCACCAACACGCAGCCCCUGACUCUUAACUCGCAAGACGGUAUCGACGCUCAGACUUCGACCGCUGAGUAUGACCCCUUCGCCGACUACGUCCUCCUCGGAGACAACCUCCAGGACGGUCUCCUCGCCUACCUCACCGUUUUCGUCGACACCAAGGCCAACCAGACCGCCUAUGCCUUCGCCGCCGCCCACUACUACGAGACUGGUGGCGUUGCCUCUCCCGGUGGUGGAUUCCCUGGACCCGGUGGCCCAGGUGGUCCCCCGGGCGGUCCCGGCUUCCCUCCUGGCGGCCCGUUCCCCACCGGAGGUCCCUUCCCUCCCCCUCCAAACAGCACCCAAGCUGCCUAGAGAAACAUCAGCAACCCAACCGUGUAGAGGAGGAACCCACCGAUGAUAGGAUAGUGUAAAGCGUGAUUGGUAUAUGUAUUUAUUAAAUAGUCUCUCGUGAUUGUGCAGAACGCAUCGCGGGAGAAACAAAAAUAGACCGUCUUUACCGUCA